AUGUCUCCUCCAGAAAUCAACACAUAUCAUUGCGCCUACUGUACGAAUCUUCUACUGGCGACGACGCAUACGAUUUCGACGCUUCCGAAGAGGAAAGGAACGGGAGAUGGGAGUUUUAUUUUGCCGGUUUCGGGGGUGGCGCCUGGAUUUGGAAGACAGGGAGAAGGAAGGGAGAGGGAUGGGGAUGCGAUGGAUAUAACGAGAGAGGGGAUAUCCGCGGAUGGAGAGGAGGUGAAGGAUGGUGAAGAGCAGGAACCAUUACCAAGUUAUGGGUAUACAAAUCUUCUUUCUCUUACGCAACCUAGUAAACAGAUGGGUUUGAGAAAAGAGGAGUGUGGAAAUGUGGACGGUGUGCGGUGGCGGUUGGCUAUGAGGUGUGGGGGGGAGGGGAAUGGGGGUGACAAGGGGAAGGAAGUUGAAGGGGAAGAGGGGUUUGAAGGAAAGAUUUUGUAUUUGUUGAGGGGGUCGUUGAUCAGUACGGCGGUUAUGAGGAGUGGGAAGAAGGUUUUGGAAGGGGAUGCUGAGGUUCUGGGGACGGGGGUGGGAGUUUGGGAGUGA